AUGUCAGAACGUUCUUUCUCUCCUCACCAAGGUUCAGAGGGCUUUGUUGGGGGCUACCAAGGCAACAGCACGGCUGUCAAGGUGUUUAUGGGCGUUCUGGUUGCAUUAGGACUGUAUAAUGCAGCUGAGCUCACUAUUUUGAUCUUCCUCACUUUCCGCCGCUACCGGGGACUCUACUUUUUGUCGCUAUUGCUCUCCACCGUCCUUGGGUUGAUACCUAGCGGAAUCGGUAAUCUGUUGCACUUUUUUGCCAUCGGUCCCCUGUGGUUGGCCCUCGCGCUAUCCAAUAUUGGAUUUUACUUCUUGGUCCCUGGACAGUCAGUCAUCCUAUACUCUCGGCUUCACCUGGUUUUAUACAAUCAGCCAAUCCUGCAGUUUGUUCUCUGCGCAGUGGUUAUCAACACCGCCCUUAUCGGCGUUCCAACAACAGUUUCGACAUUUGGAUCAGCUUUCUUGGGGACGCAUGGUUGGAACGGGGCUUACACGGUCAUAGAACGGCUUCAGGUGACUUGGUUCUGUGCGCAGGAAUUACUCAUUUCCCUGCUAUACAUCCGAGAGACGGUCAAGCUCCUCCGGCUCAGCCCUGCGAAUAGCAAUCGCCGAAGAAAGAUCAUGUAUCAGCUGGUGGCUAUCAACGUUAUCAUCAUCCUCAUGGACAUUGCAGUUGUCGCCAUCGAGUUCUCUGGACUGUACUAUCUCCAAGUCCUCUUGAAAUGUACCAUUUAUAGCAUCAAACUCAAACUGGAAUUUGCUGUCCUCGGCAAACUCGCUGCCAUCGUGGAAGCCUCUCACCGGGACCUUAUCGAUAUACCAAGUUAG